UCUAAUAGAAGCUUUGUAUUGCGUUCAUCAUUUCCUUAUCUGAUAAGAGAAGGUUUCACGGAGACUGCUUGCAGUUCUAAUUAUUUGCUGCAGCCGAUAUGUCUCAUGGCAAUUACACCAUACCUUGUCCAUGGUCUUGAAUUUUGUAGAAAUAUUUCUGUUUCAACUCUACAUACGACUGUUUGACGCUUGAAAUGCGUCAAAUCUUAGGACUAGAGCAAAUCAUUUUCUUUUGGCAACGCAAUGAAGUGUUGCUGCACAAUCCGCUCAUUCUCGGUCUCGUCGCUUCCUCCCAACAAGCCUUCUGCAUCCUCAAAUUCUCCACAGAAACAGAAACAGGCAAUGUCUGUUCGCCGUCCUGGUCUUCCUACUCUCGAACGUGCCCAGUCCAGCAAACCAGAGGAGGGUCUCGAACCCGCGACCCAGUUAAACCCCUUGCGAGGUUUUACAAAGCCUCAGAAAGAAGACACUAUCAAAGCUGCAGACCCACCACCCGCUCAGCCUCAUUUGAACAAGCUCUGGCUAUCUAGCAAGCUCUUUCCGCAGCCACAAGUGGAAGUUCAACCCACAGAAAAUGAAUCACCUGACGCUUCCGAGUCGAAUGCAGACAGCGCAGAAUCUACAUCUGAUGACGAAUUUCUAACAACUCCGCCACUACGUGAAAAAGGAAAAAUCUUUGUCGGGAAUUUGCCGUUUUGGAUUAAGAAGAACGAGAUUGCAGAGUUUUUCCGUCAAUUCGGUCCCGUCAAGAACGUGAUUCUCAUAAGAGGGCAUGAUGACCUGGAGAGGAAUGCGGGAUAUUGCUUUGUUAUCUAUGGUGGGCUUAAGGCCGACGAUUGUGCUGCCGAGGCUGUGGAAUUGGAUGGGGUGGAGUUUCAUGGAAACUGUUUGACUGUGAAGCUGGAUGACGGCAGAAGGCUGAGGGCUGUGGCAGAGAGGAGAGGCAAAUGGGUAAAGGGGGGUAUUGAAGACAGAGAAUUUCGCUCAAACUGGCAUGAAGAAAGAGAAGCUGCUUCCCAAGAAUUUAAAAGGAUUCUCGAAACGCAGCCGGAAAAUUGGCAGAAUGUCUUAAAUGCCUUCCUCAGAAUUAAAAAGCCAAGCAGACGAGAUUAUGGAUUAAUGGUGAGUUAUUAUGCAAGCCGAGGUGACAAGCAUCAUGCAAGAUGCACUUUUGAAAGUAUGCGGGCAAAAGGAAUAGAACCAAAUUCAUACGUAUACACCAACCUAGUUCAUGCUUAUGCUGUUGCCAGAGAUAUGCGUGGAGCAGUUUCUUGUGUGGAAGAAAUGGAGACAGAGGGUGUUGAACUCAACUUGGCUAUCUUUAGCAUUCUUAUCUCAGGCUAUGCAAAAAUUGGAGAUGCUGAAGCUGCAGAGCGUUGGUUUCAGGAGGCAAAGAGGAGAGAUGUUUCACUUCAUUCAAUAAUCUACAACAACAUAGUGAAUGCACAUUGCAAAGUUGGUAAUAUGGAGAGAGCUGAGGCACUGGUCAGGGAAAUGGAAGAAAAUGGAAUUGAGGCUCCAUUGGAUCUAUAUCAUACAAUGAUGAAUGGAUAUACAAUUGUAGGAGAUGAAUCAAAGUGUCUCACUGUAUUUCAGAGACUAAAGGAAUCUGGGAUGGAGCCUUCAGUCAAAAGUUUUGGGUGUCUUAUUCAUUGUUAUACCAAGGUUGGCAAGGUUUCUAAAGCAUUGGAAGUGAGCAAGGAGAUGGAAGCCGAUGGUAUAAGACAUAACAAGAAAACAUUUUCAAUGCUGAUCAAUGGUUAUGUACAGUUAGAUGAUUGUGCAAAUGCAUUUGCUAUCUUUGAGGACAUGCUGAGAGCAGGUUUUCAUCCUGAUGUUGUGACUUAUAAUAUCAUUAUCAAUGCAUUUUGCAAGCUUGGUAAUCUUGAUCGAGCUGUUAGAAUUCUUGAACGAAUGCGCAAGGAAAGGCAAAAGCCAUCGGCUCGAACAUUUACCACCAUAAUUUAUGGGUAUGCAAAAUCUGGAGAUAUGAAGAUGGCUUUAAAAAUGGUUCAACAGAUGAGGAGAUGUGGCUGCAUCCCUACUGUACAAACAUUUAAUGUUCUCCUAUAUGGUUUAGUGCAAAAGAAGCAGAUGGAAAAUGCUCUCAAUAUUAUUGACGACAUGUCAUUGGCCGGGAUAUCUCCAAAUGAGCGAACAUACACCACUAUAAUGCAAGGUUAUGCAUCUGUUGGUGAGAUUGGUAGAGCUUUUGAGUAUUUUACAAAGAUGAAGAGUGAGGGUUUGGAGCUUGAUGAAAUAUCAUAUGGAACCUUGCUUAAGGCAUGCUGCAAGGCAGGAAGGAUGCAGAGUGCUCUAGCGGUCACAAAGGAAAUGAACGUGGUUGGGAUCAAGAAAAAUGCCUAUAUUUACAACAUUCUGAUUGAUGGGUGGGCCCGGAGAGGUGAUGUUUGGGAAGUGGCUGAUUUGAUGCAACAAAUGAUUCAGAAUGGCAGCUCACCUGACAUUCAUACAUACACAUCAUUCAUCAAUGCAUGUAGUAAAGCUGGAGACAUGCAGAGAGCAAUGACUGCAAUUGAAGAAAUGAAAAAAUUGGGUAUCGAGCCCAAUCUCAAAACAUACACCACUUUAAUACAUGGAUGGGCACUGGCCUCUCAUCCAGAGAAAGCAUUGGCUUGUUUUGAAGAGAUGAAACAAGUGGGAUGGGAACCUGAUGAAGCUGUGUACCAUUGUUUGAUGACAUCAUUAUUGUCUAGGGCCACUUUUGCUCAAAGCUUUGUGUACUCAGGUAUCCUGAGAAUCAGCAAGGAAAUGCUGGACCGUGGAUUUUCUGUAGACUUGGGGACGGCUACUUACUGGAGCAAAAGCCUGCGUAUACUUGAAAGGGUGCCUUCUGAACUCACAAGUUCUGUUGAAAAGCUAUAUCCUCCCAAUUGGUCUUCAUACACUCAUGGAAGUUUUGAUGCUAAGUAUACUUACUCCUCUGAGAAUAAUAAAGGCGAUCUCAAUAUGUGCUCUGAGGAGAAUAAAGAUCAUGUUCAAGAUUGGGAUGAACUUCAAACUUUUGGCCGUCCCUGUUAGAUUUGACUAUUUGGAAUCCAUAACUCCAUUUGUUGUAAUUUAUUGACAGGUGAGAUAUUUAAAUUCAGGAAGCUCUCACAUGCAGUUUUGUAAACUCCAAGGCAUUUGUGCAAGAGCGCACCUUUUUUUUCAUGCGGACUCCUCUGCUUUCCUUUCAUGGUUUAUGACAACAUGAACUAUUUGCAAACUAGAGCGCAAGGGCAGCCUUCUUAAAAUUAUGCAAGCACCUGGCCCUCUUUGUUAAGGCAUGGGGAAGAUCAAGUGAAAGCAAAUGCUCUGUUAUCUAUCACAGAAUACUAUACUUAACCAGUCACUUUAUACCGGGGUUUGUGCUGCAAAUAUCCAUUACUACUUUCAAAAUUGAUUAUAAAUGAAAGGUAGCAGAUUCUGAAUAGAGGCUGAAGCAUAUAUGAUUAAGUGCCAGCUGGACUUCUAAAAACUGUGUAUGAUAGGCAAAUUAAAGCAGUAAAAAGUUUGGUCAGUAUAACGAUGCCAUGGGUAUUGUCAUGUUGUUCCUUGGAUUGACUUGGGUUGAAUUUCAUACAUGACUUUGUGAGUUUAUUAUUC